CGCCUCCUCCUCCCUCCGCCUCCUCCUCCUCCGCCGCCGCCGCCGCCGGAUGCCUGUCUCCCGUGUCGUCGCGAGCCUCCGCGUUCGGAGAGCGCCUGGCCAUCGUCGACCGGCACGGCACGGCGACGUACGGGGCCCUGCUGCGGGCCGGGGGCGCGUCGCCCGGCGCAUCCAGCGGGCGCUCGACGGCGAUGACGGGGGGAAUCCGGCGGCGACAAAUUCGGGCGGCGGAGGGGCGGCGGAGGCGGUGGCGUUCCUGUGCCCCAACGACGCUCGCUACGUGGCGGCCCAGUGGGCCGCGUGGCUACGCGGCGCCGCGGCCGCGCUCUACCACCGGCACCCGCGGCGCGAGCUCGAGUACGUGGCGGGCGACUGCGGCGCCCGCGUCGUCCUCUCGACGGAGGAGUUCGCGGAGGCGGCCGCGGGGGUCGCCCGCGGGAUGGGCGUGCCGCACGUGACGGUGCGGCGGAGCGACGUGUACGGCGGCGGCGGCAACGGCGGCGACGGCGGAGCGGCCGGGAUCGGCGGCGACGGCGGAGCGGCCGGGAUCGGCGACUGGCGAGAGCGGCCGGCGAUGGUCGUGUACACCAGCGGCACGACGGGGAGGCCCAAGGGAGUCCUGAGCACGCACGGGAAUCUCCACGCGCAGGUCUCCUGCCUGCUGGAGGCGUGGGAGUGGAGCUGCGACGACGUCAUCCUCCACACCCUGCCACUGCACCACACGCACGGCAUCGUCAACAAGCUGCUGUGCCCCCUCGCCGUGGGGGCCUCGUGCGUCAUGCUGCCCGAGUUCGAUCCCCGGCAGGUGUGGGAGCACCUGCUGAGCGGCGAGGCGUCGCCGCGGGUGAACGUGUUCAUGGCGGUGCCCACGGUGUACGCGAGACUCAUCGACUACUACGACGAGCACUACACGCGGCCACGCGUCCGCGACUUCGUGCGCGGCAUGUGCAAGGAGCACAUCCGCCUCAUGGUGUCGGGCUCUCGCGCUCUCCCCAUGCCCGUGCUGGAGCGCUGGGAGGAGAUCACGGGGCACCGUCUGCUGGAGCGCUACGGCAUGACGGAGCUGGGCAUGGUGCUCUCAAACCCCCUGCGCGGGGAGAGGAUUCCCGGCGCGGUGGGGUCACCUCUGCCGGGCGUGGAGGUGAGGAUCGUCAUGGAGGCGGUGAGUGGGGGCGAGUCGUGCAAGGCGAUCGUCCAGGCAGACAGCAAGUCCACGAGGGUGACGCCGGGCUUCGAGGGCAAGGAGGGAGAGUUGCAGGUGUCGGGCCCCUCGGUUUUCAAGGAGUACUGGCGGCGGCCUCUUGAGACCAAGGAGGCUUUCACUUCGGACGGCUGGUUCAAGACGGGCGACACGGCCGCGUACCGCGACGGAGCGUUCCGCCUGCUGGGGCGCACAUCGGCCGACAUCAUCAAGAGCGGCGGAUACAAGAUCAGCGCGCUGGAGGUGGAGUGGAAUCUCCUGUCUCACCCCGACAUCACUGACGUGGCGGUGAUCGGGUCCCCCGACUCGCUGUGGGGCCAGCGAGUGACGGCGCUGGUGGUGCUGCGGCGGGGAGCGACGCUCACCCUCAAGCAGAUCAAGGAGUGGGCCAGGGAGAGGAUGGUGGCCUACACGAUCCCGUCGGAGAUGAUCCUCAUGGACGAGCUGCCCAGGAACACCAUGGGCAAGGUGAACAAGAAGGACCUGCUGAAGAAGUUCUUCCCGUGAUGGAGGAGGGGCGCCUCCGGAUCUCGCUCGCUGGCGCCGGUUUCGCGAACGCGGCUUGAGUUUCACCGGCGCCGGUCGACGGCUCCGGGUAUUU